GUUUUGUUUUGCAUUAACAGCAUCGUCCCGUGUUUUAGUGCGCACUUCUUUCUGCAGAUUUUCGGAUCGUUUCCCGCCAUAGACGAUGUCCUCCACCGGUAGUGACCAAAUGGAAACGGACCAGCCGCCGGCGGCAUCAGCGUCCUCCGCCAAGCGCAAACCGAUCUGCAUGAUCGUCCUCGGCAUGGCCGGCUCGGGCAAAACGACCUUCGUUCGCAAACUGGCCCAGUACAAACACGACGAGUACAACCCGUACUUGGUGAACCUCGAUCCGGCCUGCCGGGAGGUACCCUACCCGGCGAAUAUUGACGUUCGAGACACGAUCAACUACAAAGAGGUUAUGAAACAGUACAAUCUGGGUCCGAACGGGGGCAUCGUGACGGCGUUGAACCUGUUCUCGACCAAGUUUGGUAAGGUGAUUGAACUGCUGGAGCGGACGGAAGAUCGGCACAAGUACUGCGUAAUUGACACGCCGGGACAGAUUGAGGUGUUUACCUGGUCCGCGUCGGGGACGAUCAUCACGGAAGCGCUGGCCACGGCCUUUCCCACGGUCGUAGUCUACGUGAUGGACAUUGUGCGUUCCGCGAGCCCGACCACGUUCAUGUCCAACAUGCUGUACGCGUGUUCGAUUCUGUACAAGGCGCGACUACCGUUUAUUAUUGUACUGAACAAAAUCGACGUGCAGGAGUUUGACUUUGCCAUCGAGUGGAUGCAGGACUUUGAGUCGUUUCAGGAAGCGCUGGAAAGCGAAACGUCCUACGUGAGUAAUUUGACGCGAACGAUGUCCCUGACGCUGGAUGAGUUCUACCGAGAUCUGAAGACGUGCGGAGUAUCGUCCAAAACGGGUAUCGGGUUCGGGAAGUUCUUCGAGUUGGUUGAUGAAGCCGCCCAGGAGUACGAGAAGGACUACAAGGCCGAGUACGAUAAGUUGCGGGUUGAGAAGCUGGUCGAACAGAAGAAGAAGGAGGAGGCACAGCUGGAAAAGAUCACGAAGCAAGGAAAGGGCGAAGAGGUGCCGUUGAUAAGCGAAAUAAGCAGUGGGAGGGAGCGAGCAGAUAUUUAUCUGAAACAUCCCGGCAAUGAAAGUUCCGAGGAUGAGGAAGGGCACGAAGAUGAAACGCCCGUGUGUCCUGGUGACGACGAAGCUGAAGAGGCAAACUUUGGUCAAUUUAUACGAAAACAUCAAGCAGAAAAGGUAGAAAGUGCGAGGCAUUGAAAUGAUGCGAAAUAAAGGUGCUUGUUAAAAACAAA